AUGGCAGCAAAGCCUAUUGAAGUGGCCAUCAUUGGCGGUGGAAUCACAGGGCUCACAUUGGCUUUGGGUUUGCAAAAGCGAAACAUCAAGUUCCACAUUUACGAGCGAUCACAAAGUCUUCGCGAAAUAGGCGCGGGAAUUGGCUUUACUGCAAAUGCCGAACGCGCAAUGCUUGCUUUAGAUCCACGAAUUCAUCAAGCAUUCAAAAGCGUCGCUGUUCAAAAUGCAUCGGAUUGGUUCCAGUGGGUGGACGGCUUCAGCGGCGUUAAUGGUGACAAAGACACGGUCGAGGAAGAUCUCUUGUUCAAACUGUAUCUAGGCGAACGUGGAUUCGAGGGCUGUCAUCGUGCACACUUUUUAAAGGAGCUUGUUGACCGCCUUCCUGAGAAUUGUGUUACCUACGGCUCACAGCUCGAGACCAUAAUCGACCGAGGAGACAAUGAGGCCAUACAACUGAAAUUCCAUGACGGUACAGCCGCUGAGACUGAUUUAGUCAUUGGUUGUGACGGUAUACGAUCGCGUGUGCGACAAUUGAUCUUGGGCGAAGAAAACCCUGCAUCUUACCCUAAAUAUACUCAUAAAAAGGCCUAUCGAGGUCUGAUUCCCAUGGAAAAAGCUCGUCCCGCACUUGGAGAAUCCAAGGUCAACACUCGAUUUAUGCAUCUCGGUCCGGAUGCGCAUGCGCUAACAUUUCCGGUGGCUGAAGGAAAGCUGGUGAAUGUGGUCGCCUUCGUGACUGACCCAGGCGAAUGGCCCUAUGCAGACAAACUGUCUGCUCCAGCCGAAAAGAAAAACGCAGUCGUAAAUUUCUCAAAGUUUGGAGGCGCAGUACGUACAAUCAUGGAUCUACUAUCGGAUGACUUGGAUGAAUGGGCUAUAUUCGAUACAUACGACCAUCCAGCAUCCACAUACUACGACGGCCGGGUUUGUAUUGCCGGAGAUGCUGCGCACGCUGCCUCUCCUCAUCACGGUGCGGGUGCUGGUUCUGGAGUUGAGGAUGCCACUGUCUUGGCUACCGUCAUUGACCUUGCGCAAACUCAGUUGAACCAGUCUCGAGACAAAUCUAGAUCGGAAAUUUUGAAGGCUGCGCUCGCAACUUACAAUACGGUCAGGCUGGAGCGAUCUCAGUGGAUCGUCGAAAGCAGUCGCAUCCUAGGCGACAUCUAUCAGUGGCAGCAUGAGGCCACUGGUAGCGAUAGGAAAAAGUGUGAGGACGAGGUCUCUUGGAGAUCACAUAAGCUCUGGGAUUAUGACAUCGACCAGAUGGUGCAGCAAACAGCGGAGGAUUACAAACAACGACUCAGCUCUUGA